GUCGACUUUGCUAAGAUAAAGAGAGAGAGAGAGAGACUGUCUCUUUUCUCCUUCCUUUCUCUGCAAGAAAUUUCCUCACUUUCUCUCUCUAGAACCCAUUUUCAUUCUCACAAGGAAAAGAAAUUUCCAAGCUUUACUCGAAAAAAGAUUUCCUUUAUGCUUUCCUGAAAUCAAGUUUUACAAAAAAAUGGCAAUCGAAGAUCAAGAGAACACAAUCCGAGAAAUCAAGCCCAAAAACAGAAGAAUCAUGGCAGCUGGUGGACCGGAGGAGGAAGAUAACCGAUGGCCGCCAUGGCUGAAACCUCUGCUUAAAGAGCACUUCUUUGCUCACUGCAAGUUUCAUGUGGACUCUCACAAGAGUGAAUGCAAUAUGUAUUGCUUAGACUGCACCAACGGCCCCAUCUGCUCUCUUUGUCUUGUCCAUCACAAGGAUCACCGCACCAUUCAGAUAAGGAGAUCUUCUUAUCAUGAUGUUAUAAGGGUGAAUGAGAUACAAAAGUAUCUUGACAUAUCUGGUGUCCAAACUUAUGUGAUCAAUAGUGCUAAAGUGGUCUUUUUGAACGAGAGGCCUCAGCCUAGGCCAGGGAAAGGUGUAACCAAUACAUGCAAAGUUUGCUAUCGUAGCCUUGUUGAUGAUAGCUUCAGCUUCUGUUCUCUUGGCUGCAAGAUUGCUGGAUCAUCUAGAAGAAUGGAUUCAGGUAGCAGCACUGGAAUUGGAAGGAGCAUAUCAAAUGUCCAGAGUUUCAGACCAUCAACACCUCCACUUACUUCAUCUAGUCAUUGCAGAAUCGCAAAGCGAAGAAAGGGAAUCCCUCACAGAUCUCCAAUGAGAUAA